CAGUUGCGCGGGCGAUGGACCAAGUCGACGACCACGCGGCAGCGGGCGAGGCGUCGUGGGGGCUGGUACGGCGCCGGGUGGCGGAGGUGUGGCGGCGGCGGGACCAUCUACUACGGGGGCCGGGAGAGCUGGUAAGGCAGUGGCCGGCCGAGGAGGAGGCAUCCCAACCGGAUCUGGAGCACCCGUGGGCAGAGGCUCGGCCGGCGGAAGAGCGGCGACCGAUAGAGGCGUCCCGGCCGGUAGAGGAGCUGCCGCUGGCAGGGGAAGGGGCGUUGGGGCGGCGGUCGACAGGGCUUCUGGACCGGUGGCCGGCAGAGGCGUAGGUUCGGCCGACAGAACCGAUGCGGCCGGUAGAGGAGAUGGGGCGGCUGCUAGCAUCCCUGGGCAAGCUGGUGGCCUCCCAACCGCAUCAACAGCUCCCCGGAAGCGCACAACAGCUGCAAAGAACAAAGAAGAACAGGGUGAUCAAAUGGAUUGGACCAAUGCUCAUGUCACAUUAGCUUGUGAGUUGAUGGCUGAACAAGUUCAUAGAGGCAAUCGUCCAAAUACUCACCUGAACCCUGUAGGUUAUACUGAGGUCUCAGAUAGGUUUUUUUUCAAAUUACGGGUAUGUCAUUAUCAAAGACACAAAUAAAGAACAAGUGGGAUAAACUAAAGGUUGAUUGGACAAUUUGGCUAAAGUUGAAGAGGAGGCAAACGGGUACUGGUUGGAACAAUGUAACACAAACAAUUGACAUGGAGACUGAGUGGUGGAAGAAGGCAAAAAAUGUUGUGGCAAGUUUAGGAAAAAACCUCUCCAAAAUGAGGAUUUGCUUUCUCAAAUGUUUAGAAAUAUUACUAAUGACGAAGCGGAUCACUGGAACCCUAUGAGCGACAACAAAUGAAGUGCAAUCCUUUGAUGUAGACAAUGAUGAUGGAGGUGGAGAUAAUUAUGUUCCAGAUGAUCAAUUUGAUGCCAACAACGAGGGGGAUGACGAGGUACAGGAGGUGCAGGAGCUCACUCCACGAGCACUUCCAAAGAAAAUACCUCGUGUAGAUAGGAAAAAGGCAAAGUCAAGUACUGCACUUCUAAUUCAUGAUGCAAUUUCGAAGAUAUCUGAUUGUACAAGUUCUUUUACAGUAAAGAAGCAAGAAGGAGUCACCAUCAAGGAAGUAAUGGAGCUUGUUAUUGACUGUGGUGCAGAGUACGGUUCAGAUGAGCAUGACAUUGCCACCCAAUUGUUUGUGAAGAAGGAUUACAGGAGUGAUGAUAAUGACACUGACCAAAGUGAAUCUGGCAAUGAGAGCAUGAUGUCUUCUAGUCUGGCAAUGUGUGCUGCUAAUCUAACUGCAGCCUAUGUUGAUUUGUAUUGUGCCAAGAAUCCUCCUAGGACAUCAUUGCUUAGUGGAAUGGGAUGGCUGAUAGAGACAUUGAACACGCCGGGUGAGUGUCAUUCACAGCUUCGGAUGAGCACGGAGAUAUUCUACGACCUUCAUGACGUAUUGGUGGCAAGGUAUGGUCUCAAACCAUCCCUACAUAUGAACACUCAUGAGAUGUUGGCAAUAUUCUUAUUUGUCUGUGCUGGGAAUGAGUCUAAUAGAAAAACACAAAACCGGUUCAAGCACUCGGGUGAAACUAUUCAUAGGAAAUUUUGUGAGGUCCUCAUUGCUUUGAUGGAAAUGUCUAAAGAUUUUAUUAGACCAAAGAACCCCAAUUUCACAACUAUUCAUAAGAGAAUACAAAAUGAUAGUCGAGCAUAUCCGUAUUUCAAAGAUUGCAUCGGUGCUCUAGAUGGCACUCAUAUUCGGGUUUCCUUGUCACCGGAUGAUCAAGUGAGAUAUAUUGGAAGGUCUGGUUUACCAACUCAAAAUGUUCUAGCAGUUUGUGACUUUGAUAUGAGGUUCACCUAUGUGUCGACGGGACAACCAUGGUCUAUGCAUGAUACUAGUGUCCUAUAUAAUGCAAUAAGAGUUGACGAAAGUUUUUUUCCACACCCUCCACAAGGAAAAUUUUAUGUUGUCGAUGCGGGAUAUCCUAAUCUUCCGGGGUACCUCUGUCCUUAUAAAGGUGAGAGGUAUCAUAUGCCAGAAUGGCAUAGAGGAAUGGAACCAAACACUCCUAAAGAAAAGUUCAAUCGGGUUCACUCAUCCAUCCGUAAUGUUAUUGAGCGAUCAUUUGGAUUGCUAAAAAUGAAAUGGCAAAUUCUCUUUAGAAUGCCGUCAUACCCAAUGUUCAAGCAAAAAAUGAUUGUUGUGGCUACUAUAGUCCUUCAUAACUUCAUUCGUGAGCAUGGGGGUGAAGACUUGGACUUCGCUCGGGUGUGACCAUGAUGAAAAUUAUAUUCCAACAAUUCUAGAACGGUAUCGCAAAUAUAUAGCUGCAUCAAAUGGAGAUACUACAGAACCAAAUGCUCCUACUAUAGAUCUAUUCCGUGAUGAGUUGGCCACCGCUCUUUCUCUGCUUGGAGCUAGAAUUUUAAUGUAUUGGAAAAUGGUUAUAUUCGAAUGAUAGAACUUUGUUCUUUGUCUAUCAUUAGUUCUAUAUGGAGUAUUGUUUUUUUAUUUCAAAUGCAAUUAUAGUAAUGUACAUCAUAUUGUAAUUCUUAUAAUAUUCUACAUCAUAUUACAUCACUUACA